AUUUAUGAUGAUGUGUCCUUACUUUAGUAACGAGUUACAAUUCGAUUUAUGAGCUUAUUUGGUUAUCAGCGAGUUCUUUUAGGCAGAGAGAUACAUUUUCAACGUCAAGGAGGUGCCUGAAUAACAGUUUUUCAGUUUUUUCCUAUUCAAGAAACGAAACUUUCUCAACCAGGAAGUGAUUUCAGUUGUCAAAACCCUAAGCGACGUACAAAUAUCAGAAAAAUGGCGACGCAACCACAAUUUGACCGAUGGGCUGCGGCCUUUAAAUUUGAUAAAUUAGAGAAGCCUGUACGAGUCCAUCUGAAGAAUGUCUACAGUUGUUUGGCCAUUGCCAUGCUGUCGGCAGCAGUUGGUGGAUAUAUCCAUCUCUUCACAGGAAUUUUCCAGGGUGGCCUCCUGACAUCCCUGGUGUCCAUUGGCCUGCUGGUCCUCCUGGGUAUCACCCCGAACACAAGGGAGAACCUUAUGAAACGACUGGGAAUGUUGGUCGGAUUUGCGUUCUGCUCCGGAAUUUCAAUGGGUCCGUUGAUGAGCAUGGUUAUACAGAUUAACCCAAGCAUCGUACCGACUGCAUUCAUGGGAACGACUGUCAUCUUUGUCUGCUUUAGCCUGUGUGCUUUACUCAGUGAUCAGAGGACCUGGCUUUAUCUUGGAGGCACUCUGUUCUCCGGCCUGUCCCUCCUCAUGAUGCUGUCCCUGUUUAACAUUUUCCUCGGAUCGCGCCUCAUCUUCGAGGUGAACCUCUACCUUGGCCUGAUCAUCAUGUGCGGCUUCAUCCUGUACGACACGCAGCUUAUCGUGGAGAAACGCCGGCGCGGGGAUGAAGAUUACAUUUGGCACUGCAUCGACCUCUUCAUUGACUUCAUCCAGAUUUUCCGUAAACUUAUGAUCAUCCUUUCAAGCAAGGAAGAGAAGAAAAGGAGGAACUAGAGCAAUCUGUAAAGUAGUGUCAACACCAGGACUAAUAACAGUGUUAGAUUUCAAUGAGUUUGGCCUCAAAUCUGUCAAAGCCAGCGGUGUAGGGUCGUACAUUUCUUUGGGCUUGCCAGUGUUCCUGAGGUAUUGCGUGCUGUUGAUACUAGGGUUAGUGUUAAUUUUUCAGAUGCUUUAUAAUGCUUUCAUGCGAGAAUCAUUGCUAAUUCAGAUUGGAGUACUGGAAAGCCUAAACCAUCAGUAGCAUUUAGCUCUUAUUGGGCCAAUCUAUGCCGAUCAUUUUAUCUAAAACUGUUAGUAGUCCUAAAGAUUCAAAUUCUAUUUAAAUUAAAGUUGUAUACACUAAAUAUUUUGUAAUCUACAGGGCGUCUCAUGUCAUUUUGAAGGUCAUAUGACAUACACCAAACCAGUUGUUGUUGUUGGCAAUUUUGAUGAAGAAUCUGUAGACGAUACAAUUAGGUUUAUUGAGUCCUAGUAGCAUUUUGUAUGGGCAUUAAAAAGUUCAUGCCAGAAUUGCUGUCCUUGUACAUGCAUGUCAUUUUCAAUCAUGUUCCUGUAAUUCAGUGUUAGGACUGAUAGUGAUAACCUGUCAUUUCAUACUAAGUCUGUUGCCUGAGAUUGAACCUGAGUUAAGCGCUUUUGAUAUCUGGACCACAAACUCAAAAUGGCUGUUCUGUAUCACAGAUUGAAACAUUUUAAUUGCCUUCAACUCGUUCGACAAAAAGCCCUUCACUGUAAUUCACAGCCAUGUGGGUGACAUCAGUAAAUCUAGCUUAAGAACGUAUACAAUUUCAUUCCUGUCUCGUUAUUGCACAGGAAAUGUGAGUGAUUAUUCCACUGUGAAGGUCACCAAUUUGUGCCUCCUUGCUGUAAAUUAACCACAGUUAGUUUUUUUUUGCGUUUUAUGUAUUGUCUGUCAGUGAAGUCAGAUGUAUUUGUUCCCAUUCUUUGUGUUUAUGGUGGUGUUAUCAUUGGUAUGUACCACAACCUGUACAUAUCCAGACUAAUUUAAUGACAUUCAUAUUAAUAUUUUAAACAGUAUCCCUGAGUUAAAGAGCGGGUUGUUUAGCAAGGAAUUUCAAAUAAAUAUAGUUCAUGUAAAGGAAGAGUAGGCCAUUUGUCUGAUGAUAAAGAAUACCAAAAACAUUCAGUCCAUAUGUUUUGAUUUAGUUCUUUCCCCGGAAGUGAAAUUUUGAUAUGGUUUUCCCUGUCGGUAAUCUUAUGCAAUACCCAAAGAUUUCAGUACCCAGGUAGCGUUCUUAUCAAUACACUGGUGAUAUCCAUAGUGUGUUUGGUACAAGUGAAUAAAGGCUCUGUGUGUUACAAAUGGAUGUUUUCAUGACUGUCUAUGGGCGGUUAUUUCCGCAUAAAUAGAGGUUGUCUCAAAUAGACAUUUUAUGUCGUGUUAUGACUCGAAUAGACGUUUGGUGGCGCUUUUCAAAUAGACAUACACUCAAAUAGACGUUUGGUGGCGCUCGUAUCUCAAAUAAACAUAUUGUCGUGUUUUCUGAUUUUUGUGUAUAACUCAAAUAGACGUUUGGUGGCGCUUUAUUUGAGAUACGAGCGCCACCAAACGUCUAUUUGAGUGUAUGUCUAUUUGAGAUACGACACAAUAUGUUUAUUUCAGGUACGUCUCCGUUAAAACGAGCGCCACCAAACGUCUAUUCGAGUCAUAACACGACAUAAAAUGUCUAUUUGAGACAACCUCUAUUUAUGCGGAAAUAACCGCCCAUAACUGUCUGUUUACCAACACGCUUGGUAGGUUUGAAAAGCUCAUCACAUGAUCAGUAUCAGGACAGUUGCAUCAUCAUAACAAGAAUGCUGGCGACUCUUCUUUCUGUUUCAAGCGAUUUUGUUCUUUUUUGACUACAAACCUAUGUAAAUGCUGGUAUGUGUAUGGUUGUGUUUUUUUGUCUCCAUUGGGCCUUGCACACCCCUCCUGGCUCAUUACCUGAUCAAUGUAACAUAUUCAAGAUGUUCCCUCUGUUAUGCUUUAUCUGCCAAUAAAAUGUCAGUUGAAGAUA